AUGUUAUGCUGUUAUGGAGUACACUCGGCAUGGUCAAACUCUUGUGUCGUGAUAACACUAAAUGGUCAGAGCCGAGGCAGAAGGUUCGGUAAAACGUCAUGGGUCUUAUCCCGCCAUAGUUAUGUACGGAGUACCAUACUUUGUACCGCAGCAGCGAUCAAAUAGGUCAACUAAAUAAACCCAUUCCCUUCCAUCGCACAAGACCCUACGCUCUUUUUAUCUAUCUAUCCUUUUUCCAACCUGGAAUCUUCGCUGCACAUCCGGUUGUCCAGUUGGUCCGAUAACUCUCCUUAUCUCGCUCCCUGCGGCCCAGUCACGAGUAUACUGUAACAGUGAUUACUCUAGCUCCUAGUUUCAACCUCCACGAUCUCCGGUUCACUAGCCACAUACCAUCAUGUCUGCCUCUAGGAUCGAUGAACAGAAGAAGUCUGUUGCGGCCGCGGCUGCGGCCCAGCAGAGUGAUAACAUAGCCCACGCUUUGGCUGGCGCAGGAGGGGGUAUUCUGUCGAUGGCCCUGACAUAUCCCCUCGUCACCCUGUCGACACGAGCCCAGGUUGAAUCGAAACGGGCGCAAUCGUCGACUCUUGACGCAGUCCGUCGUAUUGUCCAGCGCGAGGGGGUGGCCGGGCUUUACUCCGGCCUCGAAUCGGCGCUUUUCGGGAUCAGCGUCACCAAUUUCGUCUACUAUUAUUGGUAUGAAUGGACUCGGGCGGCUUUCGAGAAGGCCGCGGUGCGGGCAGGCCGAGCCUCGAAAAAACUCACAACCGUCGAGUCGAUGAUUGCAGGCGCCAUUGCCGGCAGUGCUACGGUUUUGAUCACGAACCCCAUCUGGGUCAUCAACACGCGAAUGACGGCUUGCAAGUCUGAAUCGGAUGAACAGGGCCUGCCCGGUGGGCAGGCUAAGAAGAAAGCACGCCCAUCAACGAUCAGCACGUUGAUUGAGCUCUUGCGGCAAGAAGGACCCAAGGCCCUGUUUGCUGGUGUUCUCCCAGCCCUGAUCCUUGUGAUCAACCCUAUCCUGCAGUAUAGUAUUUUUGAGCAGCUUAAAAACAUCGUGGAACGGCGGCGCCGAGUCACACCCAAGGAUGCCUUUUAUUUGGGUGCUUUGGGCAAGAUCAUGGCCACCUCCAUCACAUAUCCGUAUAUCACGGUUAAAAGCCGAAUGCACGUUGCCAGCAAAGACGGGCCGAAGGAAAGCCUGAAUGGAAGUUUGAAGAGAAUCAUCCAGGAAGAAGGUGUUGUCGGGUUGUACAGAGGAAUCGCACCCAAGGUCACCCAGAGCGCCAUCACUGCAGCCUUCUUAUUUGCAUUCAAGGAUAUAUUAUAUGAUAUGAUGGUAUCUGCUCGUGGAAGAGCUCGCGCCAUCAAGAAAUAGAAAAGGUUGAAUCUUUCUUUUAUUUCGCCUGGCUUGGGAGAAGAUGAAGCCUGAGUCUCAAUUCUGGUUCAUCCUAUUCAAGUGGCAGCCCUUUGGAUGUCUCUUGAUGGAUCUAAUGUCUGUUUGUCCAUCAUAUUGUCAUACUCCCAAUAUUUCUGGUCACAUUGAAGUGGCAAAAGUGGUAUUUGAAUGCCGUUAUUCUAAUCCCAUGCCUAAUAAGUUUUAGAAGCUAAUAUAGCUUCAGAUGUAACACUAAAUACAGAUAAAAAAAGAAUUAUUAAC